AUGAUGGGCAUUACUUCUAAAUUUGACCGUCAAACAUCGGAUAUAUUACCUAUCUAUGUUAAUUCCGAUCCAACAUCUGGUACAAAUAAUGUUCGAUUAAGACAUAUGAAGCCAAAUAUUUCAAAAGAAACAACAUCGCUACCUGCACAUUUUAUUCUUAGUACUGAUGAUUAUCAUCCAAAUGUAGAAGGAAAUGAUUUCAAUCGUACCUCACGAUAUAAACAUAAUAAAACACAAAUCAUUUUUUUAAUUUUUACCUUCUUGGUAUAUUUUCUUUAUACAAUACGAGCUUAUAUAUCUGAGAAAAUACAAACAACAUCUGGUAGUGACCUACAUUCUUUUCCUACAGAAUUUUGGUAUAUUAUUAAACCAAAAUCAAUAAUACGAAAUUAUACAUUAAAUUUACGUGCAAAUUUAAUUAUUGAAAAUCGUCUUAUUCAUACAGCAGAAAUUUGUCAGACAUUAUGGUUAGUCUAUAUAUUAUCAUAUAUUGUACGACGUACUCAUUUGGGUUAUCUAUAUCGUAAUCCAAAUGUAUUUAGUACAUGUACUUGUCUUCUUCUUAUCAGUGCACUUUCUUUUCAAAUAAUUAGUCAAGCAACAUUAUCUACUGAAGUUUCAUGUGCUUGUCUGUUUAUUAGUUUCAUUCUUUUAAUUAUUACUUGUCGUUUAAUUACAGUGAAAGUAUUAAAACACGAAGAAAAAAUAAAAUCAACUGAAGUAAAAAUUAUUCGUUGUUUUAUAUUAAAUAGUCUUUUUCUAUAUACAACAUCAAUUGGUUAUUUAACAAUAUGUAACUCCAUUGAAUGUAUUUCUUUACAUCUAUUUUCAAAUCUUACAUCAAUAACAACAAUUGGUUUAUUAAUUGCACUCAGUCUGCUAAUUAUUUAUUUUCUUCUUGAUUAUUUUAUUUACAAAAAUGAAUUUCAAUUAAUAUUAUCACCUUAUUUAUUCACUGCAAUUGCUUUUCUUUGUCCACCAUUACAUGAAUUAUUAUCAAAUGAAUCAUUGAUUAUCGAGAAUAAUUUGAACUUCUAUUUACAUUGGGCACUUUUCAGUACAACAAUAUUAAUGAUAUUAAUUCAUAUUUGUCGAAAAAUAUCUAUUAAAUAUCGUGCAAUGAAAAACAAAACAAAUAAAAAAUCUUUAAUUCCACAAGCAACUUUACCAACAAUGACUUUCGAACAUUUUUCAUAA